UAUUUAAACUUCAGUACAGUACUAUAGCCCACUUUAAUAACUCGUUGAAUUUCCAUCUUGAGAUAUCAAAACCGGCAAUAUGACUAAACCGGUCGAUUAUCGUCUUCCAAUUGAUCAGGCUUUAGAAGAAACAAAAUAUGGAAGGUUCAAUUAUUUUGUUAUUGUUGUAUCCGGACUGAUUCUUAUCAACGUUGUUGUUGAGUGUAUUGGCAUUAAUUUCGUCCUUCCAGUGACAGACUGUGAUAUGGAUUUGAACUAUCAGAAAAAAGGAAUUCUAGCAGCUGCUGGGUUUUUAGGUAUCAUCAGUAGUUCACAUCUUUGGGGAUAUCUAGCCGAUACUACGGGUCGAAGGAAAGUUAUACGACCAACCUUAAUUAUCGGUUACUUAUUCACAGUUGCUUCAAGCUUUUCACCAAAUUUUGAAACCCUUUUGAUUCUGCGAUACUUAAAUGGAUUUGUGUUAUCUGCUGGUUCAGCAGCAGUUUUUCCAUAUCUUGGAGAGUUUCACACGGACAGGAUGAGAAAUCGUGCUAUCAUGUCAGCUGGUUUUAUUUGUGCGGCAGCAUCUCUACUUUAUCCCAUUGUAGCCUGGGCAGUUAUUAAUCAAUCUUGGUCAUUUGAUGUUCCACUUUUGGAUAUAGAAUACAAACCCUGGCGAAUGUAUAUCCUUGUUAUCGGUCUACUGGGUUUAGUUUGUGGAUUGAGUCUAUUUUAUAUACCAGAAAGUCCGAAAUAUUUGAUAUCAAUUGGUAGAGAAGAAGAAGUUAUAGAAAUCUUAAGAAAAAUGUAUUCAACAAAUACUGGGAACCCAAGAGAGUCUUUUAAGGUAACAUCAAUUUUGCCAGAAGUAAAAGAAAUUCGUAAACUAAAGGUUGAAGAAGAAGAAAAAGGGUGUGCCGUAAAAGUUCUUCUACGAUCAAUGUGGAAUCAGACAGCUCCACUUUUUAUGAAGGAACACCGUCGCAAUACAACAGUUAUAUGUUUUAUAAUAUUUUGGAUAUUUUUCACUGCUCAUGGACUUCUUAUGUGGUUUCCAUUUGUGCUUAACAAAGUUAUGCAAUUUACCAGUGUUAAUCCGAACGCUAAACUUCAAAUUUGUGAAAUCUUGUACAUUAUGGACAGCACUGAAUCAGUUGUAGUAAAUUCAACAGCAGAAGUACUGGAGAGCAAAUGCAACCAAUCAUUGGAACUUUCAACCUACCAACAUACUUUGUCAUUAGAGGCCAUUUAUUUAGCACUUUAUUUGGGAGUUGGCUAUUUUACCGGAAAACUAGGACGCAUCAGAACUUUGUUUAUCAUUCUUAUGAUUUGUGGAGUUGGUGGAAUCUUUUCAGCCACUGUCACUAUUCCAAUUGUUGCUGUUUACUCAUUACAAGUAUUUUUAGUUUGUGGCUUAGGCGUUACUGUCUUAAAUUCAAUUACUGUGGAUAUUUUUCCAACUCAUUUGAGAGCUAUGGCGUGUUGCGUGUCCUUGAUGAUUGGCAGAAUAGGAAGUGUUUUUGGAACAAAUUUCAUUGGUUUAUUGCUUGAGCACAACUGUCAGAUUGGAUUGUUAACAGCCAGCAUUGCAUUGAUUUUAAAUGGAUUUUUAGCUUUGUUAUUGCCAAAAAAUAUUGGUGUACAAAAGCAGAACAAACCAUCUAUUGAAGGAUUCAAACAAGUAAUAAACUACAUAAUUCAUUGUUUAAAAAAAAAAAUGGGUGAUACCAAAAACAUAAAUCGAGUUUCGAUUGACGAGGCUUUAGAGGAGACAAAAUUUGGAAAGUUCAACUAUUUCGUGACGUUAAUAUCAGGCUUUGUAAUAGUAAAUGUAUCUCUUGAAUUAGUUGGUAUCGGUUUCGUUUUACCAAUAAUUGAUUGUGAUAUGGAUUUAUCCUUCGGAGAGAAAGGAAUUCUUGGUGCUGUUGGAUUUUUGGGCAUCAUAUCGAGCUCACAUAUUUGGGGAUUUUUAGCAGACACAAUUGGCCGAAGAAAAGUUGUUAGACCAACGCUUAUAGCUUGUUAUAUUUCCUCAGUGAUUUCGAGCUUCUCACCAAACUAUACAACUCUAAUUUUUCUUCGAUAUGUCAAUGGAUUCUUAUUGUCAGCUGGAUCUGCUACAAUAUAUGCUUACCUUGGCGAAUUCCAUUGUGAUAAGACAAGAAAUCGAGCUAUUAUGGCAGCUGGAUUCAUUUCGGCUGCGUGUGCAUUGGGUUUUCCAUUUGUUGCUUGGGCAGUUAUUAAUCAAACAUGGUCUUUUGAAAUAGCAUUUUUGCAUAUUAUCUACAAACCAUGGCGAUUAUAUUUCGUAGUUAUCGGAUUACUUGGAUUAGUAUGCGGUAUAAGUAUGUUCUAUUUGCCCGAGAGUCCAAAAUACUUACUCUCUAUUGGAAAAGAAAGUGAAGCUAUAAAAGUAUUAAAAAGGAUCUAUUCAAUAAACACCGGAAAUCCAAGAGAUAGUUUCAAAAUAAAUGGGAUUUUACCAGAUACAACUGAAAAUUGCAAUAAAAUAGUUGACAAUGCAAGUAAGGGAUCGGUUUUGAAAAAACUAAUCAGGUCCAUGUGGAAUCAAACGGCUCCGCUGUUUAUGCGUGAAUAUCGUCGGAAUACAGCACUUACAUGUACAAUACAAUUUUGGAUAUUUUUCACUUAUCACGGACUAUAUGUUUGGUUUCCACAUAUGCUUAAUAGCGUUAUGCAAUUUACACAAAACAAUCCAGAUACUAAUUUGGAAAUGUGUGAAAUCUUAGGCAUAAUGCAAAGCACAAAGGAAACUGAAAGGGUAUGCAAUCAAGUUCUAGAACUAUCAACCUACCAUCAUACAUUUUCACUGGAAGUUAUUUUCGUAACACUAUUUUUGGGAAUCGGAUAUUUCACUGGAAAAGUUGGUCGAAGACCAAGUUUGUUUCUAAUUCUUCUUUUAUGCGGCUUUUGUGGAGUUUUAUGUGCCACUGUGACCAUUCCAAUUGUAGCAGUAUAUUCCUUGCAAGUUUGGCUUGUAUGUGGUUUAGGAGCUACAGUGCUCAGCUCAAUUACAGUGGAUAUUUUUCCAACACAUUUGAGAGCGAUGGCAAUUUGUAUAUCAUUAAUGUGUGGAAGAAUCGGAAGUGUUUCUGGCACAAAUGUAGUUGGAGCAUUAUUGGAGAAUCAUUGUAAGACGGGACUGCUGAUUGCAGGUAUAUUCUUAAUGCUCAGUGGAGUUUUGGCAUUCCUUCUUCCGAGAUCUUCUAAGAAAACAAAGACUAUAAAUGAUAAUGGAGCGUGAAACAAAAACCCUACG